UCCACCGUCCCGCACAUUCAACUGUUUGUCGGAAUCGUAUCCAAGUUUACUAAACCCAAUCAACGUGUGGUAUUGGAUGGUUGUGGCGCCGUGAACCAAACGUCUCGACGCGACCGUCCGUCAUUAUCAAAUAAGUUUCCGCGUGAUUCGGACACACUUCGCUCCUCGCACAACUUUGUGAUUGAACGCGAUGUCACGGCUUACCUGACCGGCUCACCUCAUAAAUACAAGCCAAAGACAGUUUUAUGGCCUUCUGGCACGUGCCGGACUUUUAGUGUUUCUUGUGUUUAUCUGUGUGCCCGAAUUUAUGACUUGUUGAACAUAACCACUUCAGUGUGAUUGAUCAUGUACUUAGUGUUCUCAGUGCUCAGCAAUUAAAAACCAUCACUGACUCCAGAAAAUCAAACAUGAGUUCGUAUCAGUUUGUAAACUCCUUGGCUCAGUGCUACGGGCAGCAAGGAAGACCUGGCCCGGACCAGCCUCAUCAGGCAGCCAGUCCCGGAGGCGACUACUACAACCCCAACGCCGCCACAGCCGCCAGUUAUCCUCCAGCAUGUUACUCACCUCCCCAGGUUGGUCCCCAGUACCCGACACAUCCCUACGCCACCCCGGCACCGGGCCACGGCCUGCAGCCCACAAUGGGCGACUACACCCAGCUCCAACCCCAAAGACUGGCCGGCAGCAACGCUCACAUGCACCACGCCAGUCCCGGUGGCCAAAGUCCCGGCAUGCUGAACCCCACGGCCAGCUGUAAAUACGCCGAUUCCACGUCGUCGACGGGCGUCGCGUCCCCGCAGGACCUGAGCACCAGCGGCCCGCCGACGAGGAGCACGCCACCCCUGUCGAAUCCGCAGGGCAACAGCGGCGGCAGCGCGACAAUCACCUCCAAAAGUUCGGGACUGACGUCGCCGCUGUCCGUCAGCACGUCCCCAUCGGGCAAACAGGCAACGGGUAGCUCCACCGCGUCGCAGAACCUGUCCUCACCCGCGUCCAGCACUAGUUCCACGUCCAGCAACGAGAAGUCCGGCAACAACAACAACUCCAAGAGUGGAAGUUCGCAGAAUCCGCCGCAAAUUUACCCGUGGAUGAAGAGGGUUCACUUAGGACAAAGUGCGAAAACGGCCAGUGAAAAAGGUACUGUUAACGCUAACGGCGAAACGAAACGACAGAGGACAUCUUACACGCGAUACCAGACGCUAGAGCUGGAAAAGGAGUUCCACUUCAACAGGUACCUGACAAGGCGGAGGCGCAUCGAAAUUGCUCACGCUCUCUGUCUCACCGAACGACAGAUCAAAAUCUGGUUCCAGAACAGGAGGAUGAAGUGGAAGAAGGAGCACAAGAUGGCCAAUUUCCAUUUGGCGUCCCUGCAGGACGAAGGAUACGCAUUCCACCAGGCCAUGGGGAUGGGGGGUAUGGGACCCAUGCAGCGCGGCCUCUACGCCUGCGGCAGCCCGUACAGCUAGCCCUGGGCCACCUACAACGGAGACUGCGGACCAUCUUAGGUCCACGUUCGGAUCUCAGGACGGUCUCCGGGCGCUGUACCACGCCGAAUCAAGUCGGCGAUGUCUCGCAGCGAUUUCGCCAUGGUGGACUUGAAGCGGGGUGACGUACAGCGUUGAAUCAUACUCAUUUUUAUUCUGUGCCAAUGGACAUUGAAAGUAUUGGUACGGUGUUGAACUGUGAACAAACGAAUAAUUUAACUACUAUAGUCGAAUUUCAUAUUUGUGUCAUAAUUUUCUCGUUGUCCCAAAACAGAAAGUUUUACUACGUUUACUGAAUGUUAUUUUCGCGUUGGCAUACUAAAAUCAAUUUGAUAUGCACAUUACAUUUUUUUUUUUGCACAUUGAUUUUUUAGAGUUUUUUGUUAAUUUUUUUCUUAAUCGAGUUCAAAUGUGCAAUAUUGUUAAAUUUGUAUUUGAUUUUGUUGAUUAAUUGUAAUAUAUAAAGUGAUUUUUAUACUAAACAUUAACUGGAAUUUCACUCUAACUGUCAGACUAUUGAAAAAUGUUGUUUUUUAUAUGUAAUAUAAAAUGUGGCGAUUAGAGUGGCUCUGGAUACUGAAAAGUAUAUAAAAAAAAUUGUGAAAAGACACUAUGCUCACGUAAAUAUAGGUGGAAGAAAAAACAAAAGUGUGAUUAUUUAGAUUGAUAGGUUUUAGUGUAUAUAAAUUAUAGACCCCUCCCACAUUUUGUAAAUAUAUUCGCAUUACUAUAAAUUAUUAAGUUAUGUAUUGAGUGAAAGGAAUAGAAUAAAUGUAUAUAAAAUAUUUUAAAGCUCCCCUGUAUAGAACACCUCAAGCAUAUAUUUAAAUAAACUAUAAAGUUUUUAAUUUUGACAUUUUUUAUUUUGGAUUACUCAAAAAACGGCGUACCUAUUUUAUGUGCAGUAUUUAUUAUUUUUAAUCAAACCGUACUGAGGAAAUAUGUGUAAAAUUGUAUUAUAGUGUCUAUAUAUUUAGCUCAAUAUUGUUUAUAAAUAAAAAUCAUUGUUUAAUUUUAUUUAUGUAUUUGUAUUUUUGUGUGUGCGUGUGGAUAUUGGUACAAUUUAGAUUGUACAACAAAUUAAUAUUAAUUAUUGUUGUAACUGUCCACCAUCAAUAAAAACCAUUAAUAAAGUUUA